GUUUUCGUUGAAGAGAUCUAUGCAGUGCAAGUCAUUAGAGGCAUCAGAAGUGGGGGACCCGAAGAGCAGCUGGAAAGCGGCGGCGAGCGGCGGGGGUGAAGGAGGGAGGUCCGGUUGCUCUCGCUCAAUAUCAAACCUCAAAGAUGUGGUCAUCCACGGAAGCAGGAGGCACUUGGAAAAGGCAGGCAGCUGCAGCCCAAGGUCCAUUGGGAGCAGUGACUUCCUCACCCAUCAACUUGUUCUGCAUAAUAGCUCCACCAGCAGCAGGUGUGAACUCAGAAUCACACGAUUUGCAAGCGGCGGGGGUGGCGGCUCGUUAGUGGGUACUCUUAGACCCGGUACUCCUGGCCCUGCCCCGACCGCAGGAGGAAAUCAUCAUCACCAUCAUCAUCAUCAUCGUGCAUCAUCAGCUCAUCACUAUUUGAACUCUUCUUCCCUUACUAGGAACAGAACCACACCUUCAAGGGGGAGGAGGGCUUCAUCAUCAUCAUCAUCAUUUUCCCAUUUGGGGGAAAAAAGCCAAGGCCUUGGGUUGUCUUCAAAACUAAGGGCUGCUUCUCUUUCCCUUGACAGAGAUGUAAGUAUCAAUAAUGGAUCAUCUUCAUCAGUUACAUGCCACAAGUGUGGAAAACAGUUUAGUAAAUGGGAAGCUCUUGAACUCCAUCAUCUUUCCCAUCAUGCAGUGACUGAACUUUUGGAAGGUGACUCCUCAAGGAAAAUAGUGGAGAUUAUAUGCCGGUCGAGCUGGUUGGAAAAAUCCAGUGGCAGCCGUAAUGGCAUUGAGAGAGUUUUGAAAGUUCACAACACACAGAAAACUGUAGCAAGGUUUGAAGAAUACAGGGAGAUGGUGAAGGCAAGGGCCGGAAAACUGGCGAAGAGGCACCCGAGGUGCCUCGCCGAUGGGAAUGAGCUCUUAAGGUUCUACGGGACCACCGUGGCAUGCUCUCUCGGCGACAGCGGUGGACCCUGCACCCUCUGCACCUCCGACAAAUGCCACGUCUGCCAAGUCAUCAGAAAUGGCGGCCUCUCCAUCAAAGACAGUGGGGUCGGAGGAGGCGUGUUCACCACUUCCACAAGCGCCAGAGCAUUAGAAUCCAUACAACUCUCUGCUGCUGCAGCUGCGGAUGGAGGAGGAGGAGAAGAAGAAGACAGUAAUCCACCACCAUUGUACCAAAGGAAAGCUGCUUUGAUAGUGUGCAGGGUCAUAGCUGGUAGAGUGCAUAGGCCUCUGGAGAAUAUCCAAGAAAUGGCGGGUCAGACUGGUUUUGAUUCCUUGGCCGGGAAAGUUGGUCUCCAUUCCAAUAUAGAGGAACUUUAUUUGCUUAAUCCUAGAGCUCUGCUCCCCUGUUUUGUGGUCAUCUGCAAAUCCUACUCCCCAUUUUCUCUUUAUUAACACUACAAACCCAACGUAAAUGAUAGUAGUAUCUAACUUUCUUUUUAUUUUCUCAGAGCUUAGUACUUCAAUUAGCUUCUGCAAUUCUGCAAAUGACAAUUGUACUCGUUUAUUUGCAUCUUUUCACACAUUAAUUAGGUCGACUUGUG